UUCCUGUUGUAUACUCUUGGUCAGCGGCAUACCCAUGAAAACAAAAUGGCGGACGAGUCGAAGAAACUUGAAGAAGCAAAAGGAGAGAUUUCCAAGGCUUUACCCUUCAGUAACAACGACAAAGACAUCAUAGACAGGCAUAUUAAUGUUUCUUCUGUUAAGACAGAUUCUCUUGAUAAGCUGAAGGAUAUAUAUGAAAUAGAAAAGACCGUUGAAAUCAUCUCGAAACACAACUACGAAAACGUUGCUUUGCAGUUCCCAGAUUCACUCCUGUCAGACUCAUCAUCAGUCGCCUCCUUACUGGAAAAACAAACAAAUGCCAGGAUAUAUGUAUUAGCUGAUACAUCUUAUGGAAG